AUGCGAUCAGACUUUUGGCAAUUAGGUUUUACCUUCUGGAAGGACGUUGAUUCAAAACCAAGACCAGAUGAAGAAUCGAAUGAGAAACAUUCAGAUACAACAUUAACUAAUUUAGAAAGUGCUAAAUCAUUGAGCAAAGAAAAUUCGGUAUCACUUUUAUAUGAAAAAACAGCUGUUGUUCAAGAUGAAUUAUGUAAAAAAUAUUAUGUACCUGAAGUGAAUCAUGUAACGGAUAAAAUUCAAUUUAAUAUCAUUUUAACUGGUUCACCACGUGUUGGAAAAAGUCAAUUGAUUAAUGCAUUAAGCAAUGGAGAAAUAAAAGCAAAAACAAGUCCUAGUCUUAAUUCAUGUACUACAGAAGUUCAAUGCUAUACGCUGGAAGAUAAUCAAAAACGAACUCCAGGUAUUAAACCAUUUCGAAUUAAUUUUUAUGAUACACCUGGUAUUGAAUCAUGGACUAAUGAACAGGGUCAAUCGACAAUGUUAAAAUUUAUUGAAGAAAAAGAUCCUGUUUGUCUUAUGUUUUGUGCAUCACCUGGUACAUUUGCUGAUCUAAAACAACUUCGACCAGUUCUUGAUUAUUGUCAAACAAAACAAAUAUUUUGUGCACUUGUCUGUACAAAUAUGUGGUCAAGUCCAGCUCGAAAAGUAGUUAUUGAAGAAUUUGAAAAAGAACUUUUAAGAUUUGGUAAACCCACUGAAAGAUUAUUUCAACAGCAACAUACUCAAAAAUCUCAUAAAGUAACAAUUUUUGGCAAUAGUGCUCUUUGUACAAUGGUUAAUUCAAUUGAAUAUGAUGAUCCAGAAUUAGCAUCGGUAAUAAAACCAGUUCAAGGUGUUGAUGAACUUAUUCAUUGUAUUAUGAGCACACUUGAUCAUGAAAAAUUACUUGGUUGGUGUAAUGCUGUACUUUAUCGACGAAGUUUUUGGGAAAAAAUGAGUCAGAAAGUUGAUGGAUUUUUUUCAUUACAUUUACCAAUCUUAAUCGAACGGAUUUUCGACAUGGAGAGGAAAUUGAAGUUAACAUGA